CAUGCGCAGUGAGCGGGGCCCUGCGGGAGGAGGUGUGGACACUAACUGUUGCUCUUGGUGGGGUGUGCAUCAGCAAAAAUGGCGCCGUCCAGCAGUUCCUUGCUAACGUUAAUAGUACUGCUGCUGGUAUGUGCAACUCCGGGAAUCCAGGGACUGUGGAGACAAGUGAGGAUCAUCACGGACAAGAACUGGAAGGAGCUCCUGGAAGGAGAAUGGAUGAUUGAGUUUUAUGCUCCAUGGUGUCCUGCUUGUCAGAACCUUCAGCCAGAGUGGGAAGAUUUUGCAAAAUGGGGGGAAGAUCUUGGGGUUAAUAUUGCAAAAGUGGAUGUCACAGAGCAGCCAGGUCUCAGUGGUCGGUUUAUCAUAACUGCACUUCCUACUAUCUACCACUGUAGAAAUGGAGAAUUUAGAAGAUAUCAAGGCCCCAGGACUAAAGAGGACUUCAUAAAUUUCAUAAGUGACAAAGAGUGGAAAAGUAUUGAACCCGUUUCUUCGUGGUUUGGGCCAGGUUCUUUUCUGAUGAGCAGUAUGUCGGCUCUUUUUCAGCUAUCUAUGUGGAUUAGGACUUGCCAUAACUAUUUUACAGAAGAUCUUAAAAUGCCAGUUUGGGGAUCCUAUGCAAUUUUUGCCUUAGCAACUCUCUUCUUAGGCCUUAUAUUAGGACUUAUUAUGGUAUUUGUGGCAGACUUCCUUUGUCCUUCAAAAAAAAAUAAAUCACAGCAAUAUCCCUAUUCAAAAAAAGUCCUGCCAGAAUCUGCCCAUCUUUUUAAAAAAUUGGAACAAGAACAAGAGGCAGAUGAAGAAGAUCAUUCAGAUGAUGAAUUGGAGAACCAUUCAUCAAGAAAAGACUUUUCACAGACUGCAAUGAGACAGCGCAUUGUCAAUCCUGUUUCAGUAGUGGAUAAAUUUUAGUUUGUUCUUAGUUAAUUUAAAAGUUACUGUUUUGACAAAACUAUGAAGAAUGAUAAUUAACUUUUUGGUUUAAAAUAACUGACAUGUACAUUUGUAGCAAUUAGAUAUUUUUAAACAGUUUACCUUUUUAAAAAAAUAAUAUUGUCAGCUGGAAUGGAAAGCUAAAAUAGACUUUGAAAAUAGUUUGAUGGCUCACCCAGUUCCUCAAAAUAGAAAAACCUGAUUUCAAACAAUUUGAUAGAUGUCUCUUUUUCUUUAAUUAUAAUUUAUUAUUUAAGUGUAAAUUGAAAAUUAUAGGUCCACUGUAUUACCCUUUGGGUUAUUUAAAGAGUUUAUGCUAAUUAGUUUCAUUUUAAGAGAAAACAUUCAUUAUUUAUGUAAAACUCAGUUUCAUUCUUGGAAAAAAAUUAAGCAAAACUCUUCACCUUAAGUGAGAAUUUUUCUUAGUGUCUUGUAAGAAAAUAUAUUUCACAAUAAACUUUGAUCUUUUAUAGUGAUGUAGGCCUAAUUUUGCUCAUAUCUAUGUUAAUGUUAAUAAAAGUGAUUGCUUUUAAUUAUACUACUUUCUAUACAUGAUAACAAUUAACAAUAGAAACUUAGCAAUCAUAAAUUCCAUUUUUAUAAUGUCUUAAUUUACCCUAACGUCAACAAUCAUGGCUUUUUUUUUUUUUGUUAUUUUAUGUAAAGUUAAAAUACUCCCUUCUGCACAAAAUCUAUUUAUUUGCACAUUUUCUUAUAUCUUAAAUUUUAUUUUAACUCCAUUACUUUUCUCAGAAUGAAUCAGUUCAUUUCCUAUGACUUUAAAGAUCGAUUUUCUUAGUCAGUGAUCCUGUGAUCUUUUGGAAGUGAAGUAAACAUUUUUCAUAUUAUUUGGGAUUUGAACAAUUAUUAUUGUAGAAAAACAGUAUUUUGAAUUUCAGAUGAUUCAGGAAUUACCAUAGAAAAAUCUUUUUAUAAAUGUAUUUUUAAAAAAGAAAAUUUGCUUUUGUGCAAAUGAAAAUAUUGAAAUAUGCAUAAAAUUUUAGCAUUGUCUAUUGAUAAUUGAUAAUCACUCAAGCAGUCUUUUCGUUCAAUUAAAUUACUUUUGAUAAAAAAAUAAAAAUUGCUGAUAAUUUGAUAUCCAAACUACUUCAAAGCAAACAACUUUUUAAAUUUUAAAGUAUUCAAAAAAUAUUUUAUAACAUUUAGCUAUUUAAUAAUUAGGAAUUAGUGGUAGCUAGCCAAAAAAGCUCCCAAACCCAAGAUUCUCUACUCAGAUUGGAAAAAAGCAUUUUAUAUCUAGUAACUUUGAUAUAUUUUUUGUCUUCGUUAAAGAAAAAUUUUAAUUCAUUUUUUGCCAAGUUUAAUAUAUUUUGUCAGAGGGUUUUUAAAAUAACAUUUCCAAGUUUUUGAAAAAAAGAGCUAUACUCAUACUUUAGAGAGUUGGGAACCUAGAAAAUGUGACUUGGAAAUAAAGAUACAGGGAAGACUAAAACUCAUUGUGAUAAACCACCAGAGAAAAAUACCUUGAGUUUUUUCAAAAACAAUCUUUUUUUUCAUAUGCUUACAGUAUCUCCUUUCUUUAUAUAGUCCUAAUAUGAACUCACUAAUUUUUUGUUUAAUAUUGUUUAAAAGGAUUUUCUUCUAAAAUAAUGAAUAUUCACAAACUAAAGCCUCCUGAAUUUCAAAAAUGACCUAAUAUUUGAUGUGACACUGUGUUUAAAAAUUUGUUUAAAAAAACAAAAAACCUGUCUACAAAUUUUUCUAAACAAAUGAAAUUUUUUUAUUUGUAUACUAACAAAAUAAAGCUACUGGAUUUGUAUUUGUAUGAAAUGUUCAAAGUAAUAUGCAUUUAUAUUUGUUGGGAAAUGGUUAUUUUGUUUUUUAAUUACAUCCUAUUUUUGGAUGGUAGUUUUUUUUUUUCCUUUGUAAACCAUUUUGUUCUUAAUGAUGGCCUGGUGAAAGGGUGCAAGAUAGUUGGUUAUAGUUAAAUCUUUACUUUAUAAUGAUUAGAAUCAUCAUUACUGUAGAAUGGAAAUAGCUUUAUUUUUCUUGAUCUUGUCCCUACUAAGAGAAAUCAACUUCACAGCUGACCAUGAUUUUUAAAAGCUAUGUUCUUUGUUUUGUCUCUGAUAUUUUUAUAUUUUCCAAAUAAUUUUAUGCUAACUGCAUUAUCUUAAUAUUUUAAAAUUAAAUUUUAUUUCGUUUUUU